CCAACCACCUGCUUCACACAACCAAGAGAAGACAAGUAAACAGCAACACUAGUAGAUUUCGAGUGACAAGUUCAACGCAAGAUGGAGCACCAGGGACACGGCACCGGCGAGAAGAAGGGCAUCAUGGAGAACAUCAAGGAAAAGCUCCCCGGUGGCCAAGGUGACCACCAGCAGACCGCUGGCCCCCACGCGCAGCAGGGACACACUGGAAUGACCGGCACGGAGAUGCAUGACACCACGGCCACCGGCGGCACCCAUGGGCAGCAGGGGCAUACCGGAACGACUGGCACUGGGGCACACGGCACCGGCGAGAAGAAGAGUCUCAUGGACAAGGUGAAGGAGAAGCUGCCUGGACAGCACUAAGCUCGGUCUGCCCACGGCCGCCACCUUUGAAGAAUAAUACUCCACCGUAUAUGAAUUAUGAACUGAUCGAGUCUAGUUCACCUAGCUCACUUGGUCGUUGGAGGAGCGAAUGUAUCUUUGGAUUAAGUUUUCACGGACAUGUGUUUGCAGUUUA